AGAACCGCAGUCAUUCGCUCUGUUUCUCAACUCUAAACAUGUCUUUCGUGAAAGUAGCAGAACACUCGGAUUUCCCGAUCCAGAACCUCCCGUUCGGUGUGUUUUCCACUGCGGACAACCCUACACAUAGAAUUGGCGUUGCCAUUGGAGACCAGAUCUUAGACCUCAGUGUUGUUAAACAUCUCUUCACUGGCUCAGUUCUCUCCAAACAUCAGCAUGUAUUCACCCAGCAAACUCUUAACCCCUUCAUGGCCCUUGGCUGCGAAGCCUGGAGGGAAGCUCGAGCCUUUCUCCAGCAGCUCCUGUCAGCUGACGAAUCCACGCUACGGGAUAACAAAGAACUGAGGAAAAAAGCACUUGUGCCCCAGUCUUCAGCCAGAAUGCAUCUCCCUGCACAUAUCGGGGAUUACACAGAUUUUUAUUCAUCCCGUCAGCAUGCCACAAAUGUUGGAAUCAUGUUUCGAGGAAAGGACAAUGCCCUCAUGCCAAACUGGUUGCAUUUACCUGUUGCUUACAAUGGCCGUGCAUCAUCUGUUGUCGUGUCUGGUACCCCCAUCAGAAGACCCAUGGGACAGACAAGAUCAGAUGAGACACUGCCGCCUGUAUUUCGAGCUUGCAAACUUCUGGAUUUUGAAUUGGAGAUGGCUUUCUUCAUUGGACCAGGCACCAAGUUGGGAGAGACGAUUGAUGUAUCCAAGGCUCAUGAACAUAUCUUUGGGAUGGUUCUUAUGAAUGACUGGAGUGCUCGGGAUAUUCAGAAAUGGGAAUAUGUUCCACUGGGACCAUUCCUAGGGAAGAGUUUCGGAACUACCAUUUCACCUUGGGUUGUAUCGAUGGAAGCACUACUGCCAUUUGUAGUGGCCAAUCCUAUGCAGGAUCCCAAGCCUUUGCCAUAUCUGUGCAGUGAUGAUCCGUACACUUUUGACAUCAACCUUUUUGUUUCUAUUAAAGGUGAAGCAAUGACUGAAAAAGCAACUGUCUGUCACUCUAACUUCAAGCACAUGUACUGGACCCUGAAGCAACAGCUGGCUCACCAUACUGUUAAUGGGUGCAAUGUAAGACCUGGGGACUUGCUGGCCUCUGGAACUAUCAGUGGCUCUACCCCAGAGAGCUUUGGCUCAAUGUUGGAGUUGUCAUGGAAAGGAACAAAAGUGAUUGAUCUUGGUAAUGGACAGACACGCAAAUUCCUUCAAGAUGGUGAUGAAGUUACCUUGACAGGUUAUUGCCAGGGCAACGGCUAUCGAAUAGGCUUUGGGGAAUGUACUGGAAAAGUGCUUCCAGCAAUUCUGAUGUAAUGUACUGAGCUUGUUCAGAAUGGGGAAUGAAGAAUGCCAUCAAGUUUCUCAUGCAAUGGUUUCUCAGUGGAACAGAUGGAACAGAUUGGAAUUAGGUGUCUCUUGGUCAGUCUCCAAUUAGAAAGCAGCUGUAAUAGCACAGUUCAUCUCAUUAAUCAGUGUGGUACUUUUUAUUGUUUUUCAGAACAUAACACUGCCUUAAUGAUUGCAUUGUGGUUAAUAUUAAUUUACUUGCUGCUGGACUCUCCAUAAACAUUCAGACUUCUUUCAGAAUUAACUGCUAUGAAAACAUAACAUCUCGAUAAGAGUUACCAUUAAAAGGCCAGAGACCUGUUCAUGUGCUUGGAGGUCACACCAAUAAA